AUGACGCGCAACUCGACGGCCAAGAAGGACUCUUCCGCCUCAAGCUCGACCACGACCCGCAGCAAGUCGCGCAUCCUUGACUGGCCCGACUUCUACGAGCACGAGGCGGCCCUCAUGCGCGCCAAGUCGCCCAAGAUCAAGAGCCGCAUCGUCAUGAAGCGCGUCAGCGCAAAGUGGAGGAAGCAGAAGGCCGAGCUGCUCGAGGAGGCGCGGGAGGAGGCCGAGGCCGAGGCUGAGGGCGAGGGCGAGAAGCAGGCGCAGAAGGAGGAGAAGUAG